AUGACGGACGACAUUACUAGAGACAUGCACAACUUGGAUCUUGAGCAUGAGCCUGCUCCGGAAAAAGUACCUACCCCAAGAGCCGAACUAGAAGCCACCAUCCAAUCAUUAGUAGAACGCGGGAAACGUCUGCACGAUGAAGUAGAGACUUAUGUCGCUGCGGUACUCGAGAAACAAAAAGUAGGCAAGGUUUACAAUCCAGUCGAAUAUCGUAACCUGCGCAAUGACAUGCGUAACGAGCUAGCCUUUCUCAAGAAACUAGUAGGCUCCAACAUGGACGAAGAAAAAGCUAGACACUACAUUGUGUCAUCCAACCUACUCUACUACGAAGCAUUAUGGAGCGCAGCAAAGCGCUCCCAUAGUCUUCAAAGCUUCAGAAAGUACUUCUUCUGGGACCGCCACACGGUUCCAGCCGGAAAACGCACAACCAAAGGCCUGAGUUUAUCCAAGGGCAGCCAGAGCAAGAACAAGACGGCUGCACUUGUUGACAUUGUCGCCGAAGAAGGCAGCGAGUGGAUUCGCGUCUCGACGGUUUCUGAAAAGCGCAUCUUAUUCGAUCUCGCAAAGUUAGGCUGGGUCAACGAUCCAGACUCGGACGACGACGAAGACAUGCUAGAUGCGCGCCCGAUUGGCGACGAUGAAGAUGACGAGGACCAGGUGGACGUGGUGCGAAAUGCUCGUCAACUUGCCCGCGCUGCACGAGCAAAUCCCAUUCGCGGCCGGCCGCCCCAGGUGCGCUUCGUACUCACCAGAGUGGAAGCAGGAAAAUCACCGCCUGUUGAUACCGUUAUCAACAAGAUCCGCGCUACGGGCGCCAUUGUGCAAUGCGGCGACGCCAUUCCGCCCGCGCCCUCGAUAGAAGCGGUUCUGCCCCAGCUUCUCAUUGACCGGUCGCGUGCUCUAAGCAACACGCUGAACAUUGACUGUACCAUCUUACUCGCUCUCAUAUCAGACAUAUCGCACAAGCCCUGCCCGAUUCUCGACUGGUACCCCGGCGAGGUGCGCGCGCAGAUUGAAGAGGAAGCCGAAGAGCACUUGCUGCCCACGCAUUUAUACCCAGCUAUCCAAGCACACCCAAUGGUGUGCACGCGCGAAGCAGCCGACCAAAUGAACCUAAUUGUGCAGACUCUGGCGACGGACACGGAGAAACUAAGGGCCGACCUGCUGCUCGGCCAGGGAGACUGGGCAGCGCGGUCUAUGGAAGAGCUGGUUGCGGAAUGGGCAAGUAUAUCCGACUACGCCCCUCCAUCUGGUUUCUCCCUUCCCAUAACCGUGCAAUCCUUCGACCCCUCGACCAUGACCUCUACGCUUCCCGCUGUGGCAUCCACCAUCGCACACGAACUAGGUCCCCUUAACACAUCUAUUUUCCUCUACGGCUGGGCAAACAAUAUCACCACGCUAAGCGCCAACCGUGGACGAGCCCGCCAGAUAGAAUCCAUUAUCAACGAGCAUGGACUGAAGGACGGUGAGACCGGGUCUCACAUCUGGCUUUGUGGUGAGUCGCGCAGUUUGAUUGCCAAGCAUGGGCGUCGAAAGUAA